CAUUACCCACAAUCCUGCACUCUUCUUUCGCUCAGUGGGCGGAGCUCAAACGAAAACAUGGCAGCGGGCGUAUUAACUGGAGUAAGGCAGGUUCUCCGGGGCCCUCGGUUGGUCUGUGCUGUGUUCUCAUGUCACGGACAGACAUUCAGCUCCGCUGCAGCUGCAGUCAAAUCACCGGCAGCAGCGACAGACUCCGCUGCUACAGAGAAGAUCCUGAACUUCCCACUCACUCAACCAGACUAUUUCCGCUUGUCUGAGCUCUUCACCAUGAAGGACCUGUUUGAAGCCUGUGUCCAUCUUGGACAUAAGAAAGACUGCCGGCAUAGUUUUUAUAUAAUUUAUAUCAUUUUUUUAUUUUAAAUUAUUUUUAACUGUGUGUAUAAUUGAGAAACUACAUGGAAUCUAUGCAAUUAUACAAUUUUUUUAUUUUUUAUAUUUGUAUUAUAUACAUACAUACACACCUACACAUACAUGAAUCUAUGCAUUUAUAAAUACGCUCACACACGCUACUGGAAGGGUGGCCUGCUCACCAACGCCUCCAUUCAGUACAGCCCCGGCGUCCGGCUGCCGGACCUCAUCGUUUUCUUCUCCACACUCAAUAACGUCUUCCAGCAGCACGUCGGCAUCCGGGACGCGGCCAAAAUGAAUAUUCCCACGGUGGGGAUUGUGGACUCUAACUGUAACCCCAGUCUCAUCACAUACCCAGUGCCCGGCAACGAUGACACUCCUGUUGCCAUGGAGAUGUACUGCCGGCUAUUUAAAAUGACCAUUAACAGAGCAAAGGACAAGAGGAGGCAGAUGGAGCUUCUCAAGGGGAUUUCAGCCUCAGUAUGAAGCAGGUCAACGAGCUUCAACAUCUCUAUCAGAGUUUGUGUGGAUGUUGUCCUCGCAUAGAAAGUUCAGUAGAAAUAUGAGUCCAAAAAGUAAAAUUCUGUCAUAUUAAUGUAUUAUUUUGAUUAAAGUUCAGUACCUAAAAAUGUAAAACAUGUGACCAUCCUAGAACUAUGGAAGCCAAUUUCCACCACAGAAUAAAAAAGGUAAU